AAAGAAGAGUGUCUGGGAGCCAGGCACUGCGGGAGGGACUCUUAUCUCACCACAGAUACUAAUUAUCUGGAAACAGUGCCUCUUCUCCACCCAGCCAUCCCUCUUUCCCCACAACACUAUCUUUAGAAGAGAGAACGCACAGAAGAGAGAGACGAUUUUGAUAUAUCUAUCUAUCUAUUCCGGAUGAUUUUUGCCGCAGAUAACUCCCAAGCAUCUCGGAUGACAAGAACUGAUUCCAUAGCAGAGGGCUUCUUUGGGUUUUUGCAGGUCGGCACCCAUCUGUUGUGGAGCCUCAGCUUUUAACUGACAGGCCCCGGCAAGAUCCCACCAAAUCAUGAAGACCUCCAAUAACAGCACUCUCUUCGAGGGUCUCUUCGACAAAUUUGUACACCUCGACCAAGAACUGUUGGACACAUUCUACACUCUGUGGAUUGUCCUGCUGGUGGCCAACACCAUUAUUUUCCUGGUGGGUGUCGUGUUGAACUCUUUGGCCCUUUACGUCUUCUGCUUCCGCACCAAGACGAAGACCACCUCCGUCAUCUACACCAUCAACCUGAUCGUCACCGACCUGCUGGUGGGCUUUUCCUUGCCCAUCCGGAUCAUCAUGCACUACGUGGCCGGGGACUGCAAGAGGUGUGCCCUCGUCCACAUCUUCAUCUACUUUGUGAACAUGUACUGCAGCAUCCUGUUCCUGACCUGCAUCUGCAUCGACCGCUACUUGGCUAUCGUCCAGGUGGAGGCCUCCCGCAAGUGGAGGAACCCCAACCACGCCAAAAGCAUCUGCGUCUUCAUCUGGGUCUUCGCCACCGUGGUGACCUUCUCCAUCCUCACCAUGGCCGUCAAGUACUCCUACUGCUGCAUCGCCAAGAUCUUGCCCUUGAUGGUCUGCGAGUACUUCUUCCCUCUGAUCAUCAUCACCUUCUUCACCACCCGGAUCAUGUGCGCCCUCUCCAAGCCGACCCUCAUGCACCAGAGCCGAGAGAGGCGGAUGCGGGCCGUGCAGCUCCUCAUCACCGUCCUCAUCAUCUUCAUGAUUUGCUUCACCCCUUUUCACGUCCGCCAGUUGGCCAUCUCCAUCAACCCGCAAAUGCCCAACGACAUCAGCCUGGUGGCCUACCACGUGACGGUCACCUUGAGCAGCCUCAACAGUUGCAUGGACCCGAUCGUCUACUGCUUCGUUACCAACAACUUCCAGUCGACCAUGAAAAACAUCUUCCGGAAGUCCGAACCGGAGCAGACCAGCGGAGACAUCAUCAGCGUGAACAAGGGCUCGGGUUCAAAUGCCAUUAUGCCCUUCGCAAAUGCUGUAGGCAACACUUUGGGUUUGCCUUUACCGAACCAUACAGCAAACUCCUAGAGGGGGCAGGGUACCCAAGGACAUUGUUGGGAAUGCUGAGACUGGAGGGACUCUCCCCUUUCUCUAGAAGGAUUUGAGAGCAUCACAUUUAUUUUCGGCAAACUGGCAGCAGAACUCCUCGUUGUUCCCAGUGACACCAUCGGUUUCUAUACGGCAGCUGGUUUGUGUGUGUUUGGGGGAAUCAUAUGCCAUGUCUAACUAAUUUAGGUAAAGGUAAAGGUUUCCCUUGCUCAAAAGCCAGUCGAGUCCGGCUC